GCCGGUAGGUGUCGCUGUGCGCGUGCAUAGAGCCCGAGAGCGCCCGGUGGUGAGCUCGGUCCGGUCGGGACCCCCAGCUCUGCCCGAAGUGCCAGAUUGUGUGUCUGUGUUAACACGUGAGAAGUUGUGAGUGUGGAAGAGGCUGAAAGAAGAAGAAACCGGGGAAAAAGGAGGACCGAGUGAGGAGGAGGGAGGCUGGGAGGGCGGCGGGACGUGCGAGCACUCGGAGCGGGACUCGGAGGAAGCUGCGGAGCUCCCAGGAGGGAACGCCGAAAAGGAGACGAGACGCGCGGCGAGAGCUCCAGACAUGAGUCCGAGGUGGUGGACUGAAGACAAUGCUGAAUGCCAUGGAAGUUCCAAGUCAUGCUAGGGAUCUCCUCCUGCAGCUCAACAGCCAGCGCACCAAAGGCUUCCUGUGUGACGUUAUCAUUGUGGUGCAGAACGCCCUCUUCAGAGCUCACAAGAACAUUCUGGCUGCCAGCAGCCACUACUUGAAGUCCUUGGUGGUCCAUGACAAUCUCAUCAACCUCGACCACGAGAUGGUGAGUCCAGGUGUCUUCAGGGUCAUUCUGGACUACAUCUACACGGGGCGCCUUAGUGAGGGAGACCCCACCUCUCCCGCUGAACCAAAUCUAGGCGCUGUCUUAGCAGCAGCCAGCUACCUUCAGCUGCUCGACUUAGUGGCUUUGUGCAAAAAGAAGCUACGAAGAAAUGGAAAGUACCCUCUUCGUCAAGGUCCGGCUUUUCUACCCUACUCCAAGAUGGGCCCCGGCAGUAUGGGGUUGGGAAAUGGAGGCAGGUAUAGGGUUUCUACUCCUGUAAUUCAGUCCUGUCCUCCAGGAGGAAUCCUGAAUGCACCCAGGGCAUCAUCGUUAGAAGACCUGGUUCCCCAUCGAAUAGCCAUACACAGUGGGGAGUUGUAUGCACCCACUUCCAACCAGAGCCCUCAGAUGUUCCCGUCUCUGCCUGCCCAACUGGGACGCUCAGCCCACCCUGAGAGGAACUGCUCCCCCAGCUUUGGCCUAGAUCUUUCUAAGAAAAGCCCCACCUCCCAGUCUCAGCUCCCACCCUCUCAAACCCAUCUGGUAAACAGUCACAGCAGCGAGGAGCGAGACGGGACUCUGAGCGGACGCACAAGUCCCAUUGUGGGUACAAAUGGAAGAGCCUUUCCAUCAGAAAAAAUGGACUCUACCGACCAAGCAAGUUCCCUCACUCCUCCACCAUUCCCCCAUCUAAACCAGUCUUUGGGCCCCCACCUCCCUCAUCUGCAUCGCUCAGGUUCCCAGGGGACAGACCGCUACCCGUGCCCCACCAGCCCUGAUACCCCUACAGAAGGUGGAGAAGUGGGCAGAGAAAUAGGUAACAUUUACCGCUGGGUGAAACACGAGCCUCUGACGUACACCGCUGAAGAUGAAGAUGAGGAUGAAGAGGAAGAGGAAAUAGGUGACAAUGGGGAGCAGCAUCAUAACCAUCACAAGCCAGGAGAGGAGAGUGAAGGAGUGGAUGACAAGAGCGGGUCAGGCACAGAGGAGACCGGCAGCAGUGAGGGGCGGCCAUCUCCUACAGGGCCGAUGGGAAGGUUCCACAUGCCGUACGAGCCAGAGAGCUUCGGGGACAAUCUGUAUGUCUGCAUUCCCUGUGAUAAAGGCUUUCCAAGCUCAGAGCAGCUCAAUGCACACGUGGAGACACACACAGAAGAGGAGCUGUACGUCAACUCCAGUGGGGAAAUGGGAAACGGCAAUAGCAGCAGCACCAAAAACAUGAGCAACGCCACAAACGGUUAUGGAAGCCUCAACAGCAACAGCACUCUGAACCGUCUCUCACCUCUAGAGACCAAGCCUGAUCAGGGACUGAAUUCAGGGGGCCUUGGGGAGAUGAUAAGACCGUAUCGCUGUUCCAGCUGUGAAAAGUCCUACAAAGAUCCAGCCACUUUGAGGCAACACGAGAAGACCCACUGGCUAACGCGGCCUUACCCCUGCACCAUUUGUGGCAAGAAGUUCACACAGCGUGGCACCAUGACGCGCCACAUGCGCAGCCACCUCGGCCUUAAACCCUUCGCCUGUGACUCCUGCGGCAUGCGCUUCACCCGCCAGUACCGCCUCACUGAGCAUAUGCGCAUCCACUCCGGGGAAAAGCCAUAUGAAUGUCAGGUGUGCGGUGGGAAGUUUGCCCAGCAGCGCAACCUGAUCAGCCACAUGAAGAUGCACAGUGGCGGAGGAACGGCCGGGGGUCUGAGCGCAGAUGGGAAACUGAAGUUGGACUUUGCAGAAGGCAUCUAUCCCCUGAGCAAAUACGCAGCAGAGCACCUGGGGCUUAAGCAGGAGAAGGCCAACGAGCUCAUCAUCCAAGCACAGCAGCAACUGGUGGCCGAUGCUAAGGUCAUAGAGAGCCUCUACCCUCUCUCCAAACUGGCCUCUGAGCACCUGGGCCUCACCCAUGACAAGAUGGAUGUUCUGGGCCAACCACUGCCACCUCCCCCGCCUCCACAAACCCUCUCUGAUGCACGAACCAUUGACCGCUACUCACCCAGUUAAGACACGACAGUUGUAAAUGGCAAUCUCCAAUAAGUUUGCAUGCACACGCAGUUUGCAGUAUUCUAAAGCCGUUCACCUCAACUCAGUAUCUCUGCUGCACGUCAGACUCAGGCCAUGUGGAACUGGUCUGCUAACACACGCCAAAAAAACUGUAGACUGUAAGUGCCUUUCUAUGCAUCUAAUGUAUCUCUACGUUCUCCUUCAUAAAGGAGCUCUUCGCUUUUUCUACGUGACCAAGGAACACUUGUUUAAAAACCUGCAGUAUUUAUGUACAGUAUGCAGAGAAGCAUUUCUUUACUUCCAGCUAUUGAGCCAUAGAGACAAAAAAAAAUUAAAGCCAAAAUGGAACUGUUUUUAUUUAUUUUUGUAUGAUAUAAUCCAAAGAAAAUGUGUUGCAAAGAAACAUUGCAAUCAGACCCUAAACCUGUGUACUAUUCAUCUUUGUAUGAAAAAAAGGGGGAAAAGCACAUACAGUAUGAACAAUAUUCAGGGUUGUUUAGUCCUGAUCAGAACUUAUAUAUAUAUAUUAAAAAAAACAACUCACCAGAAUUUAAAAGUAUUUUUUUUCCUAAUUCCAUGUUUAUAGUUUUGCAUUUUUGGGGUACUGGAUGAAUAGUUGAUUAUGUUUUUUUUUCUUUGCUCGACCCCUUCAUGUGAAAUGAUUGAUUUGAGAAAUCACUCCUGUAUUUUAAGUGUUUUAUGGUUUAAAGUCCCCCACUUUGCUCUUUUUUUUGUGCAGAUAUCAGCAUGUGACACCAGUAGUAACUUAAUUUACUCUACACUUAGUUGACAAACAUUUUGUUUUAGUUAAAACUUCCUUCAGUUGACAGUGGCAAGCAAAGCCUCGUGAUCUGAUAAGCGGGACACGAUUGCACAUCUGAUGACACACUAACGGCUGCUCAUGACGAGUGCAGCUUCGACUCAUAGUUUAGGAGAAGUAUGGGUGUUGUUUCUGACUUUGUUUUAUUUACAAUCAUGGAAACAGCUCAGUAGAGAGGCAGAGACCAGGAAAAAUGACACAAAUGACAAAUCAACCUGUCAUUUAGUGUCAGGAGCCAUUAUUAGAAGUGUGAUAAAUCUUAGAGCAACAGUGGUCAAAAAUCCAGCUUCCCUCAUUGCUUGUAGUGUUUACAGAUCAAAGUGGUGCAUUCAGUAUUUUUCCUCCACAGACUUGAAUGGAUGUUCACUCCACACGCUGCGAGCUGAUAAUCUCUCUGCAUUAUAAACAUAUUAAGGAGUUUGUGGGUUUUCCCAUUUAAGCCAGUGGAUGAACAGCACUCUCCAGCUGCUGUGCUUCAAUAAUCCCUGUGAAAUCUCACUUUCUCCUGGACAAUUCGCACUACUAGCUGGCGUGAUGUCUCAUUUCAUGGCUGCCAUCUCACUCCUCUGAUCCACUUAGAAACAUAAUAUCGCAGCCAGGGCGAACGUUUCUCUUGGCCUUGCCUCUCUACUCUGCUGGGAUCAAAUUACUUAUUUUUUUUUCUGUGUUGGAUGACCAGCAGUUCUUCCAUCUUGAAAACAAAACAGAAAAAAAAGCACUUAAAGGUUGCAGGUUAAUGGCACAUUUUAUUUUAUUUUUUUGCCUGUAAGUUUGUAUUCCAAAUAACAUGUUGGCCUUUUAUUUUCUUCUUUUCCAUAGGCUAGAAACGUUUGACCACUAUUAGUGCCAACGCCAACCUCACUAGGUGAAUGUGAAGACUAAAGCCAUAAAUACACUGUGACAGUAGUGAAUCUGAUAGGCUUUAAAAAAAUCUAAAAAAAAAAAAAAACAAUGUGCCUGACUUUUGGAUUUCUUUUUUAAAUGUAACAAUUAAGGGCUUUGUUUCUGUAGCAUAUGAUCAUAUCAAAUAUGUUGUAUCCUGUGACUUUUUAUUAUUAACAUUUUUGAAAUCUGAAAGCAGCACACGUAAAACUGGUGCUUACCUCAGGACUGAACCCAGCAUGGGUAUGCUAUGCUUUUUUGUAAAUUUUUGCUCAAAAAUAUCCACACAUGCACACAAUCACAUACACACUUUUUAUUUGAAUUUUGCUUUAACGGGGCACUUGUCCUGUAAUAAACCUGUGGUUUUUCAUGUGUUUAAACAUUACUUUUCAUUGUAUGGGAGAGAUGACAUGUGAUAUUAACAUAUAUUUUUUUGGUUUUGAUUUUGAUGAAAUGGUAUAUAUUUUUAUUAUGUCAAACCUCAAAGAGGCUUUUUGUCAGUUUGACCAAAUUUAUUCUUACACCAUAUCUUUUUUUUGGUUAUGUUUGUGAUUUUUGACCCUUAAAAAUGACAGCAUUGAUGUUUGGUUUUAGCUACACAUACAACAAUAUCUAGGUGACAAGUGUUGAAUUGUGAAAUAUCUCCCCUCCUGCAAGACAUAAUGCAUCAUCAGCCCUUCCUUAAACAGACAAGCCUGCGAACUAGCCUCACAUUGUUUUGGUCACUUUUCUCCAGAAGAUAGUGAACCUUUGACAUGAGCCAGACAGAGGUCGUAUUCUUGCACAGAAGCACACAGGAAGUUGUCUUGUUUUGGUUGGUGUUUCAAGUUUUCGGACUCUGUUGUUUAGCUUUGUGACUUAGAUGAUAUUAAGAAAAAAAAACUGCGUAAACGGAACACUGGUAGUACGAACGUAAUCCAUAAACAAAAGGCAUGUGUCACAAAAUGUAAGAUCGAGCGGAUGUGAGUCGUGGGAAAUUUAGUCUUCUCUAUCUUCCCUCAUUCACUGGCUCAAAUGAAAAUGUGUCUAUUCAUUUUUUUUUGCUGGCCCCACUAAAAAAAAAAAAACACACCAAAUGUUUCCACAGCCACUUCAAAUCUGUGUUAGAGGAACAAGAAAGAUAACUUGCUCUCCCCCCCCACCCCAUUUCUGUGGGAGCCGCACCAUUUGAAAUGAGCUUUACCGCGUUCUGUAUAGUAGUGGAUCUGGUCGAGCAUCUAUAGAAAGAGGAAGUAUUUACUUGUCUGUUUGUGUGUCACCAUGCUAUUUGAGUGUGUGAAGGGCUGUUAAUGCAUGUCCUGGGAAUAGGUUUGGUGUGAAGGAGGAGAGCCGAGGAGCAGGAAGUGAACUUUUGGCUGAUGUGUUGUGCUGAGCAGGAUGUGCCGUGUGUUUUUGCUCAGAAGCAGAUAGAGAGUUGGAGAACGGGGAGGGAGAGGAGCAGGGCGAGCGCAGCAGGGUGGACGUGAGCCAUUGUCUCAGUAUGAAAGCGUGUUCCUACUUCUAAAACCCACUUUUCGGUGAAAGAAAAGAAAAAAAACCCUAUGCUGUAUCUCCUCUUUUCCUUCCUCUCACUGCUCUUUGGGAAUAAACAUCAGCAUCAUAAAGAUGGUGAACUUUACAAGGUGGACGAUGAACCAGAUGUGAGGAUGUAAACAUUUUUACAUCCUAUUUAUAUUAGAAACCUUACUCUAAUGUUGCUUUCUUUUUUAUUUGAGCUAUCAAAUUGCUCUGAAAGCCUAGUUCAAAUCAGACAUAAGCAGUUUUUAUUUUGCUUCGUGAUUUAAUCAAAUUAGAAAAUUCUUGUGACAACUGACUAAUAUAACCUCAUGAAAUCUUGCACCAAAUACUUAUUUACAUGUCAUGUUAACCAAAUCAACCUCCCUCUGAUACUAUGAUAAAGUUGUUGGAAAAACAGAGGCAUUUAGACCAGAUUUAUAAAACAUUAAUUUAUUUUCCAUCAGGAGCUUUGUGCUUAAGAAAAUGAUCAAACUAUUAUUUACAGUUUUGUCCCCAAAAUACUGCAGCACUAAAAAGACAUCACAGUUGUUAAAAGCUAAUUUAGAUGACUGUUUUGGUGGCUUUUACAAAGCAAAUUGUUGAACUUCCUCUGACCAAAUUCUAUUGACUAAACAUGUCAUUUAAUUGUUGAAAAGGUACCUUUUUUUGUCUAGUUUAAUUGAUUUGAACAGGACUUAAAUUUAAACCAAAGCUGCAGCCAAAAUGUUUCGAUGAACAUGUUUUAGUUUAAGUCUUAACUAAUAUAAAAGUGCCUUUGUGUGUAAAUAUGAAUGCAAGAAUUUGUAUGAUUAUGUUUUGAUGUAUUAACUUUAUGCACCUGUCCAUCGCCGUCAUGCCUGUCUAACAUAAAGAAAAAGAUAUUUCACACUUUUAGGAGUCUUUAUUACAAACAGCUGAUUUAUUUCCCCAAACUGCACUUUAUUGGGAAAAAAAAUCAAAUUGCAUAUAUUUUUCAAAUUUUUUUUUACUCUUGUUAAUCUAUACGUUUUACACCCACUCUCCUUUUUGGCAUUUUCUGUCCGUCCAUCUCUUUUCUCCUCUUCCUCCAUCCGGUGUGCAGCUUGGCCAUGCUGCCCUUUCGCCUCCCAAAAUCCCAGCUUCCCUCUUCACCUCUUCCUUGUGUCUUCUCUCUUCUUCCACUCAACGAGCCGCUGACCCACAGCGCGCGCUGCCUCCCUCCUCUCCCAUGAUCCACUUACUUCCAGCUGUUUUUCAUGCUGAAGACGACAGUUGUCUAAAUGUUUACUCGAGGAGCUACUUUCUUUUUCCUUAAGCCCCGAUCAAUUUCCAAAAUGAACUUUGUGGCAUAUUUGAAGAAACUGCAGCUGAUGGGGCCCCUCCAAAAAAAGAAAGAAAGAAAAAAAAUCAGACACUGGUUUUGUAUUUUCAAGCCAAGAAAUUAUGCAUAAAGGGAAGAUUAAAGGCAGCAAAUUGUUGUAGAGGAAAUGCAGAAUAAUGCGAGGGGAAAUGUUCGGAAGAAAAAAAUGCUAAGAAAAUUGCCAGUAAAGUAAACACGUAAAAGUUGCACAACUGGUUGCACCAGCCAAGUCAUGCGCCGAGAUGGAGAGAACAAGUAAAGGAGGAGAGUUGAGAGGAAAAGAAGCUGAAAUGGAGAGAAAAGGAGUUUGGGUCUGAUAAUCAUAGCUGUCUACAAACAAAAACAAAGGGAAUUUGUUUGUGUUGUGUGUUUGUUCACGUUUUUUACUCAUCUGUGAGUUUACAGUAAAAAAAGCUGAGUGAAGAUUUAUUUUUUGUCUUUUUUCCUAUUAUUGCAGCCACAAUUUUUUCCAGAUUUUUGAACCAUUUUAAUAACUUCAGAUAUGCUUUUUUCAGACAGAACAUUUAUCACCUGAUCAGCUCACAGUCUACUUUUAUAGUUGAACAUCGAAAAGGUUUCUGCCUGCAUGUCCUCUUGCAUCUGUUUAGAUUGGAUUUUAGUUUCUGUCUCUACAUUCAACACAUCCAAAACAAAGUGGAUGCUGGUUGGGAUCUUUGCUGAGCUUUUUUUUUUCUUCUAAGUGUACACUUUCUGUUCCAGAAGUUUAAAAUUUAAAGAAAAACAAAGCGCACGGACACAACAAGCAGGAAUUUGGAGGAGUUUAUGUUUCGCACACACUCAUGCAAACACACAGACACACACAUGGAUGGCAGACUGACUGCUGCUCCAGAUUAGGUAAGAUUUAAUUAGGUUGCCCUGCUCCGUUUGGAGUGUCGCUCCUUGUUGAAAAAGUCAUUUUUAAAGAAAAGGGCUGCAGCAUUGACAGCUUCUGCUUGACACAUACUGAAACCUGUGCCAAAACAUUACAGAGCCUCAGGGUCCUCUUUUUACACAGACACAAACACACACACACAGUGUUUAGUUUGCUUUAAUAAAUGUUUCUGUGUUGAUACGGGAGACAUCAGGCUGAUGAAGACUGCUUUUGAGGUGGUUGUAUACGACAGUGGGUUAGGGGUGCAAAAGUUCAGCAGAAACUCAGACCGCCACGCAGACAGCAGGAGCUGCAAACAGUUGGAAAAAUGCACAAUUAAAUACAUGCAUCACAAAUUUACAAUGGAAAUGGGAUUUUUCAACAUGGUAGUCAGGAUCUUAUUUCAGCAGACUAAAAACAGACGGUCAUGAAACAACAUCAGAUGCCAACAUUUUCUUUUCCUUAGGCUUUACAACAGUUUGUACCAUAAGGAAACAAAUAAAAGCAACACUUUAAACCAAACAGUAUUUUUUGUUCUUCUGUGUCAAUAUUGAUUUUACUUUGCUUUCAUGAAAUGAAUGUAUUUAUUGCAUGUCAAAAUGUUUUAUAGCAUUUUUCUGUAAAUUUCAUUUUUUUGAUAAGAAAAUCAUUUAUUGAUGGUGUAUUAAUAAAACCGUGUGGAAAUGGCUUUUAUUUUUUUAAAAGCUAAUGUGAAAAAAUGUUUCUUUUCUUAAUUUGCUACUAUACUCAAAAUCAACUUGGCAAUAAAACAAAUUGCAUAAUGGA